AUGGGUUGCUCGAAAUUUUGGGUUUUAGCUGGUGGAUUCACAGCGAUUUGGGUGAGUUUUUUGAAAAUUUCAAAUUCUACGUGGCUCGGAAAUCCACGUGUCAAAUAUUUUCAAGUUUUCCCGCCAAAAAAAAUCGCAAACCUCUUCUAGGCCAGCUACAAAAUGGGUCAAUUUUCCGAGCAUCAUCGUCAAUUCCACAGCUCUCAUUAUCAUUUCGAAAAUCAUCCCGGCUGCUCGUGGAGCCAAAAAUAUUGGGUAACUUCAUGUUUACCCUAACAAAUCAUCGAAAAAAUCAAUAAUUUCCAGUGUUCAAAAAUAGCCAAACAUCGUGAAGCUGCUCCAAACGACACUCCGCAAUUACAGCAGAAAUCUGAAUCUGAGCUUCUGGAAACCAAGUAA